AUGGGGGAAUCCUCUUCCAAGUUGCUCGAGCAGGAGGCAGCCAGCUAUGUGGCGAAUCCUGUUGCUCCCUUUUAUGGGAGUGUUGACGAGUUGAUUGAUGAGAUGAAACAGAUUGUGGUCAAAGAAGACCUGUCCUUGAUGAGCAGUAUUUCAACCGAGAGUGUGGAGAAGGCCUUAAAUGCCAUGAAGGAGCGGCAUGAGACAUAUCAGAUGUUGAUGCCUCUCUGCGAAAGGACCUUGAGGGCCCGUGAGCGAGCUGAGCAGUCCCUGAAAAAAGAGAUGGCAGAACUGGUGAAGAUCAAGAUGUCGAUGGAUGGUCUGUUUAUCGAACUCCGACUGCCCAUCAUGACCAAGGUGGAUACUCUGCGUGAACUUUUCACGUCACACUACUCAGAGCAUAUCAAGUCUGAUUCCUUGCGGCGCUUGCAGAUGCACUGCCGUGAGUUGAACAGAGAUUUGAGCAGCAAGCCCCUGGCAAGCCUAUGGUCCAUGGGCCUUCGUCCUCGUGGCCCCAUUCACAUCGACUUGCAGUACCCAGCGGAUGAUGGCAACACAGGGACAAGUGAGGAAGGAACCUUGGCUGACAAAUAG